CCCUUGGUUGUUGUUUUUUUUUUUUAUAAGCAAUCAACAUGUGCUAGACUAAAUUUAUAUUUACAUUAAUUUACAAGGACUGAUUUACCAUGCAUACCAAAAUAGAUUGUUCUAUAUACAUGUAUGUGGGAGAGAACAUUCAAAGUUUUAAGAACCUGUGCCCAAUCCCUUUUUAAAUUCAGUUACAAUAAAAUGUUAAAGCCUAGCUUGGCUAUUUGAUGAAAUGGUUUAGGUUUCAAUAGUUUGUGUGUGUAAUAUUGAAGAGGUCUGCUCAUGAUUGUUUACAUAAACCAGGAAAUAUCUUAGAGACUCAAGUAUAAAUAUUUUAUUUAGCUAUUUUAGUCAUAUGCUCUCAUGAUUAUAUCCUUAUUGAAGACACUGUUAUCUGUUCCAUGUUAUUUUCUGAAUGUACUUUCCCAUACAAAGUUACAAGAUUGAGUCAUGGUUUUUCUAUUAAAUAAGGAAAUGUAUCAUAUUGACGUAGUGUCUUUUCUAAGUACUACACACAGUUUUUAGUAUAUUGCAUUAAAUGUAGACAAGGAGAAGUUUGACCCGAAUAUCACAAGAGCUGAGCCAAACUUAGUACAGACAGCCAUGACGCCAUGUCUCCAACAAUUUUUGAUGAAGCCAUAGAUAUCAGUUGUAAAAAUGGCAACUGGACAAAGUCAAAAAUCUAUGACACUUCCAUCAAGAACUCAGCCCCCAAAGCCCGGUAACCAUAGAAACAAGUUGUCUUCCCCAUCCUUCAACAGAGGUUUGUUUGGGAGACUUGUGCAGAAGUUAAGAUUCCGUAAUCGUGACACUGACACAGAAUUCCCAGACUCUCAGAAUGUGGAGGGGUUAUAUUUCAAGAGGAAACUUUCACCAGAGCACAAGGACCCACCUAAUCAGAGUGCAUUUGCCAGAGUAGAUGUGAGAAGGAGCCAAUCAGACAGAAGCUACCAGAGACCUGUUGAAAUGAGGAAGAAAACUGGGGCAUUCCCAAAGCUCCGGCGCUCCAGGCAUUCUAAAGAAGUAGCAGAAAUCCUUCCUCCUCACGAUAAGAAACCAUUAGCAUCAGAUAUUGAAGUGGCAAAUGAUUUCAUUAUAUCUGAUGGUGCAGGGGUGGACUUAGAUGAAGGGAAUAAGGAAGAACAGAUACCUUUGGAGGACAUAGAUCCAGGGUAUGAAACACUGGAUGAGGUACGAGAGAAAAUGAAAAAUUUGAAAUUGAAGAAGUUGAAGGAGGAAGUAGAGACUAAGGCCCCUGUUCAUGUACAGCACCACAGACGCACUCAGUCCACAGGGGGUCAGGAGGAGGCAGGGGGGAGGGAGAACAGUGAGUUUGACAUCAGCUCCAAGGAAAGGCUAGGCAUGAAUUCCAGCCACAUAGAUUUGAACCGACCUAACAGUCAACAGCUGAACUCUAGGAAUCACCUCCUGCCAAACUUGACUUCUAACAUUUUAUCAGUACGGAGUGGAAGUUGUCCACUCCAUCAUGAAAACUCUUUACAAACAGGGAUACUGAGUUCUCAAAACAAAUCAGAGAAUUGUCUUUCACAAGGAGGGGUUGUGUGGAAAGAAACAGAAGAUGUGUAUGCAAACCCCUCCAUUGUACACAACAAAACAAAACAAGGUGUGGAAAAUACCCCGGAAGGACCAUCCAUGUUAUGUAGUGCUAUGAAUAGGGAAGAAAGUGUGGAUAAAGAACCACCUCCUUUACCAGAGAGACAGUAUAGUGUUCAGAGUCUGGAGGAUAUUGAUGCAUCAGAACAAGUGCCCUGUAAUAGGGAUCCUGGAUUCUCUGACCAUGUGAGUGAACAGGACAGCAAUCAUACAACUCAGGAGGCAGACACAAUACCAAAAUCUCUAGAAGUGAAAGUUGGUCCAGAGGAUGAGGAAGAGAAUGGGUAUUCAACUUGUGGUUCCUCAGUGGCCCCUUUUCAGAGAAGGGAGAGGAUUUAUGAGGAGAUUAAGGAUCGGGACUUUAGAACAUUACAGUGCUCUAAUGAGGAGGAUACCACCGCCUGCUCUGUGCCAUAUCAGACUUAUGUCAGGAAAGAGAGGCCAUAUGAAGAUAUCAAAGAUCUGCAAUUAGACAGUGGAAUUUGUAAUACUUCAUCUGGAACAGAUUUUUUUGCUCAAGUUAUGAAUCAUUAUGACUCAUUAUCAGAAAAUGUGUCAUCUGCAGGUCCUUGUGAUACCUCUGCAGAUGACUUAGAAACUGAUUGUGGUAGUGAAAGUAACAAAACUUGUGAGAAUAUGGAACUUUUGAAUGCAGUGGUAGGUGCAAACAGUGCAAAAACAGAUAGUGCUGUGACUGACAUGAGCUUGUCUUCAGACCAGCCAAUUUCCAAUUUUAAUUCUUUUUCAUCAUCUGUUGAGCAAUGUGACACUGUUAAAAUGAAAACCACGACACAAGAGAAAGGGGGAAAAUCAGACCUGGUCGAUUUUCAGCCACAGUCAAAUUCCGCAACUACAGACUCCCUGGAAUGUAGAAAUGUUCAAGCAAAUCUACAUACUGAACAAAAAGAUAAAGUUGUGAUCCACAGUGAGUAUCCACCUCGCAUAGAGGCAUCAUACGAGGAUGAUGCUGACCUUGUGUUGGAAAGUCUACAUAGCCAGGCCAUUCCCUCAGGUGUGUCCUCUAUUGAGAAUCUGCUGGAAUAUGAGAGAAGCAUGGAGGACAGCAUGAAAAAACUGAUUGACGUAGACAGUGCUGAUAAGUGGGAGGAAAUACCAUAUGCUGAUUCAGCUAGUCUUGGACUUGGAGACACUCCACAGAGUUUGCCAGAUGAUGGCUAUUCAGAGUGUGGUGAUGUUCAACAAGACAGUGCAGCAGUGAGUUUGAUCAUCAUGGAGUCAGAUUUGGGUUGUGAUCAGGAUAGUGCUUCACAAACAGUGGCAACCGAAGAAUCAGGAAUAACUAGUACUGGAGAAAAUAAAGUAGAGAAAGAGGAAGUAAGUGCCGUAAAGGGUGCAAUGGGAGGUGAUCUGCAGGAGGAAAAUGUACAGAAUAUUCCAAAUGAAGUAGUGGAAGUGCAGUGGAGACCCAAAGAGCUACCACACAAAACCAUUCCUUCAUUUUACUAUGAUGAGGAACCUGUUCAUAUGAGUCUCUCAGAAUUGGGUAUGAAAGAAAAAUUCAAUAAACACUCUAAGGAAAAAGAAACACAUAAGAAGAAGCAGAAAGAAGGAAAAUCAUCCAGUCCCAGACAGCAGAGUUCUAGAAAUUCAUCUCAGGUCAAGGCCAGUGGUUCAUCAAGGAUCAAAGUCAGAGACAGCAGUCUCAGGCAAACAGCCGUUCAUAAAAACCCUGCAGCUAGAAGGACUUAUCCUAUGGGUAUGGCAAAGUCUCUAGAAACUGAAAAGGAACACAAAGACCCUGUUGAAACUAAAUUAAGUAGAUCUGCUACAUCAAGUGAAAAACCUUGUAGGGAUGUCAAAGCAAAGUCAAGUUUUGUUGAACCAGUUACACUGCCAGAAAUUCCUAAAUUUAACCAGAAUUCUGAAGUCAGGUGCAGAAAAGACUUCCUGGAAAGCAUGAAGCAGCUUAAAGAUUGUGGUUGGUACUGGGGUCCACUGAGCUGGGAUGAGGCCGAGAUCAAACUUCUGAAUAAGCCAGAUGGAUCUUUCCUUGUUAGAGACAGUUCAGAUGAGCGGUACAUUCUCAGCCUAUCAUUCAACAUGAAUGGACAUGUCCAUCACACCCGAAUAGAGCAUCAUAAAGGUAAAUUUAGCUUUUGGUCACAGCCAGAUUCCUUAGGGAAAUCAACUAUAAAGGAAUUCAUUGAACAGUGUGUCAGAAAUUCACGUAAUGGACAAUUCCUGUACUUCAUUCGGCCCUCUGGCCCUGGAGCGCCACCUAUGCCAGUUCAUCUCCUUCACCCCGUGUCUCGGUUCCGACAGAUGCAGUCACUGCAGCACAUGUGUCGAUUCCAGAUUCUUCAAAUUGUACGACGAGAUCAUAUCGAGCAAUUGCCCAUUCCAACAAGUAUAAAAGACUACCUGCGUCAAUCUCAGUAUUAUGUGGAGUACUUAGAGGACUGAGAGAAUGACUUUGUCUACAAAUCAAUUUGUGAUUUUUGUUCAACCAAAAUUGAAUGUGAUUCAUUUACCAAAUUCUUUUUCUUUUUCUGUUUUUCCUGUCUGUGAUGUCAUAAUGGUGUUUGUACUAUGAUUUAUAAAAUCAUGUGACUUUUUAAAAAAUCCUUUUGAUUAGCUUUUUAACUUGAAACUUUUAAAUUUGCCCUUUAUAUUUAUAGAAGUUUUCACUCUGCAGUAUCAAAUUUUGCUUGCUUUUAAUGAUCAUGUUGUAUCUAGAGCAAUGAUUAGUAGUGCAGCAAAACAAUUUUUGGUAUUCCUAUUUUGUGUAUCAAUUAUUUAGCUUAAGAGAUGCACAAUGUCAGAUCAUUUGUUAACUACCUCAACAUUGUUAAUCAUAUUACAAUUCAACUGCCUUUUUAAGUAUUCGGUAGUAGCAUGUUAAGUCUGUCUAGGGACUGCCAAUUAGAUUAUAAGGAAAGAUAAUGCAACUUAAUGCUUAAUGUAUAUUUGGAUAUUGAAUGCAUAUGCAAUUCUUUUUAGUAUGUUCCAAUUGGUCAAUGCUGACACUUUAAUUUUAAUAGAAUGCAAAACAUCUAAAGCAAAUGGUGAAAAAUUAUGAUGGCCUUGGAAUAGUUUGUUAGAGAAUAAUUCCAGAGGUCCAAAAAUUUUGUUGAAAAAUUCAAACUGAGACUGACAGUCAAGUUUUUUCACUGCAAAAAUAUGUUGAGGUUGGGAAGGUUAUUCUUCAAAAAUUGAACAAUGAAGUAAUCACAUCUAUUAAAGACUAAGGUUACAUAUUUAUAACAAGUACAAAGUGCAGUCAUUCUUUUGGAGACAAACACCAUUACAUAUGCAACAGUAGUUGUUUUUUUAUGUCAAUGGGUAUAUUGGAGAAUUAAUGUUAAAUAAGUUUUUAAAUAGGAACCAAUCUAUACCAAAUUUCCAAUUAACCCAAAAGUUACUUCCCUUUGUUGAACUUUUCUAUUUGAUGAGACGCAAAAGGUAUACAUGUAUAUGUAUGGUAAACACCAUGGUUACAAAAAUUAGCACAACAUUCAGAUAUUGCUUAAAGGAAGAUCAGUAGUUGCUAUGUAACCACCUGAAAUGUAUAGAAAAACACAGGUUUAUUGUAUUAAUGAGAAUUAGGGAUAAAAUCACUCAAACAAUAUCAAACAUCAUGCUCUGUCUUUGUUAAAAAUAAAAAUGUAUUGAUUGUGUCAAUAUGGAAAUUAACGAUAACUGUGAUUUGAUUGAAGAGCCUUAUGAUAUGGAAACAUGUAUUUUCUUUGAACAUAUCAGUUUAUUGUAAAGACAGAAAAAACAUUUUCCUAAUGUUUGCAAGGUAAUGGGAUCUCUGAAAUAGCGUAUUGUCAAACGUUUUUAGGUACAUGUAGUGCAGUGGCUCUCUUGAAUGAUUUUUCUUAGAUUAUGAGAUUGAUUCUGAAAUAAUUUUCUUUGAACAUGAAACUCGAGGACUCUUUUUUUUUUUUUUUAAAAUCAAGAAUUGUGCUACGAUAUCAAAAAUUGGUAUCCAGCUUUGUAUUGUAAUGAGGGCUUGGGGCUAAUACCACUAAAUUGUAAACCAUCCAUGGAGAUUUAAAGCUUCACUAGUGUACAUUUACAAAUUUAUUUCGAGUUAUAAUGAAAAAGAAAGAAGAAUUUUGGAAUCUUUGAGAAUUCAUUCACAUUAAGGAAGGAAACCAAAAGACAUUAUGUGCCCUUUGGAAUCAUGGCAGCAAGAUUUUGAGUCUGAAUUUUUCCAUUUUGGUCUCAGGUUCAAGGAAAAUAUGACAAACAUUGUUGCCUGCUUCUUAUUACCGAAAUGGUUUGUGAAAUCACAAUUUAGUGGCAAUUUGUGAGUGCUAUAUUCAGGAGGACAUGGUCAAUAGGAAAUUAGUCAUAGAUUAUUAAAAAUGAAAAAUUAGUCAAAUUUCAAUUGAAUUUUAAUUCAGGAGGGCAUAAGUGAGUAUGAAAUUUGUGUUGAAUUAAUGAAAAUGAAAAAUUGGAUAGAAUUGAAUUUUUAUGAGAAUUUUAUGGAUAGAAUAGAUCUGUUUUUAGCAAUAAUCUGAUGAAUGUAAGCUGUUCUAACAGUACAUAUGAAGGAAAAGUGAUAUGUAGACACCUGUCAGACACUAAAUAUUGGCUUAAAUUAUGGCUUUGAUGCAAAUUUAUAUAUGAUGUGAAUAUCAUGCAUUCAGAAGCCUUGUACCCUUAUUUUCUACCACCAGUUCAGCUUUUAUCAAAGUUUUAGACUGGAACAAGACUGCAUUUAUUUUGCUAGAUCUGAUUUCAUUACUUGAAGUGAAAGAUUUGAAAAGUUAAAUGAAAUGAACAUUCAGGUUUUAAUAUAUUUAAUGGCAACCACUGAGAAUAUUAUUGCUAAUGGAUAUUUCCUUUCUGUGACAGACAUCAUGUAUUUAAAAUGCUUUGGAUGCGUUCAUUAUUUUGCUUAGAUGGUGGAAUUCUCAAUGCAUAUUCCAGCAUGUGUUCAAAUAGAGAAUGUUUUGUUUUUACGGGCUAACUGAGCAAUAUAAAUUCCAAAAGGCAUCAGCAAUACAUCCAGUUGAAUGGAUUUCUGAAUUCAUACUGCACAUCACCAAUUAGCUAGUGUAUGCGGUAUGUUUUACAAAAUGCAUUCAAAUAACUACUCCACAGCAAAACAUUUUUGUUAAUUAACAUCAGCUAUACCCCCAUAUGAAAACAAUUAAUUUCAAAGUAGGGUACAUUGGCUUAAAACAGUUUUAAGCAUUUUUAUGAGGAAAAAGUACAUACUAUAAACAAUAUGUAGACCAAUAAAAUGUUAUGAGUACACAGUACUGGGGAUGGAAUUCAGUACUAUUGAAAGCGUUUUAAAAUUAUGUAUUGAAAGUUAUUUUAUAAAAGGUACAGAAAUGAAAUAUUUAUGUUGUAGUUUUUUUUUUGUACUGAGUUUGUUGUUGUUUCUGUGAACCUGUUGUUGAUUUUAGUCCUGACUAUGGAAUGUGAUUCCUUAACAUUGUUUGCCCUACCAUGUCAUGCUUUAAAAUUAAAUGAGUAUAUGUCAG